AUGUAUAAGUUUGUAUACACAGUCCAUGACCCUGGUAUUAGAAGCCUUGGUGGAAUUAGCGGCGUCGGUAGCAUGUUACGUCUUUUGAAGAAAUAG